AUGCGCCCGGAGGCGACGGGCGGCGCGGAGCGGCGGCCCCAGAAGCCGCGAAGCCAAGCAGCGGCACCUGCCUGCCGAGGAAUGCCAACUGAGUUCCCCUCUGUAAAGCUGAGAAGCGAUUGCUCAAGGACCUCCCUGCAAUGGUACACCCGAACCCAGAACAAGAUGAGAAGACCCAGCGUGUUAUUAAAAGACAUUCUCAAGUGUACAUUGGUUGUGUUUGGAGUGUGGCUCCUCUACAACCUCAAGCUGAGUCACACUGUUGAAGAAUGUGACAUGAAAAGAAUGGACUACGUGGACCCUGACCACAUAAAGAGAGCUCAGAGAUACGCCCAGCAAGUCUUACAGAAGGAAUGCCGGCCCAGGUUCGCGAAGAAAGCCAUGGCUCAGUUAUUUGAGCACAGGUACAGCAUGAACUUGGAGCCCUUUGUGCAGAAGGUUCCCAGGGCCAGUGAAGCCGAGCUCAAGUAUGACCCUCCUUUUGGAUUCCGGAAGUUCUCCAGUAAAGUCCAGAGCCUCUUGGAUUUGCUGCCUGAGCGUGACUUUCCUGAACACUUGAGAGCCAAGCACUGCCAGCGCUGCGUGGUUAUUGGGAACGGGGGCAUUCUCCAUGGACUAGAGCUGGGCCAUGCCCUCAACCAGUUUGAUGUGGUGAUAAGGUUAAACAGUGCACCAAUUGAGGGUUAUUCUGAACACGUUGGAAACAAAACCACCAUAAGGAUGACCUACCCAGAGGGCGCCCCGCUGUCGGAGGUGGAGUACUACGCCAAUGACUUGUUUGUUACCGUUUUAUUCAAGAGUGUUGAUUUCAAGUGGCUUCAAGCAAUGAUAAAAAAUGAAACCCUGCCAUUUUGGGUUCGGCUCUUCUUUUGGAAGCAGGUGGCAGAAAAAAUCCCACUCCAGGCCAAACACUUCAGGAUUUUGAACCCACUUAUCAUCAAAGAAACUGCCUUUGACAUCCUUCAGUACUCGGAGCCUCAGCUGAGAUUCUGGGGCCAAGACAAGAACAUCCCCACCAUCGGUGUCGUUGCCAUUGUCUUAGCCACACAUCUGUGUGAUGAGGUCAGCUUGGCAGGUUUUGGAUAUGACCUUAGUCGACCCAGGAUCCCUCUGCAUUACUUCGACAGCCAGUGCAUGGGCGCCAUGAACUUUCAAGCCAUGCACAAUGUGACCACAGAGACCAAGUUCCUCCUGAAGUUGAUCAAGGAGGGUGUGGUGAAGGACCUCAGUGGGGGCAUCCAUCGUGAAUUUUGAGCACAACAAACCUCAAUUGGAAAUGCAGCUGGGACCUGUGGUGAAGCCUCCACUUCCACUCACCCUGCGGCUGCUUGAUGGGCAGCUGCUGUUUUUAAACUUUUCAUUAAAAAAGAAAAGAAAAAAAAAAGCACCAACAAAAUUUAGCUCUUCCCACAUCUUUGCCCUAUUUAUUUGAAGUCAGUGUUGGGUUUUGCACAUUUUUAUAAGUUAAUUUUAAGAAUAGGAUUGGAAAGACUUUUCAAAGAGAAUCAUAUCAAAUGACCCUUUAUUGUAUUAUAAGGAAACAAUUUAACUUGCAAACACUGUUCGCAUGUCUUCUGCACAGUGGGCAGCAGGUGAUGAGGUGGGAGCAGAGGGCUCUCUGGCCCUUUGAUGACGGCCAUGGUGCCUGAUUCUGGAUUCUGCUGCUCUGCUUGGAGGAACUGACAGCAGAGACACUUCCUACUUCUUGGAUGAAGGGCUUACUCAUGACCACUGGCAGCUGCAGGAGGUCGGGACCACUAGACAAGUUCAUAACCCCUUUCUGCCGGUUCAUCUUAGACUCACCAGCAUUCAGCCAGAGCAGCUGGCCUGGAGGUUGCUGGCUGGUGAGACACUAUUUGCUGAGUCCUGUGAAGUUACCUCACACUGGAGAAGCCAUGUCUCUCCACACCAUCAGCAUACUUUUAAACUUAUAGAGAUUUUUUUUUCUGUCCUCCCAACGCACUUUUGUGUUAUUUAAGAUACUGCUGUUUGUCUGAGGUGGUACAUCGAAAUUAUGACAGUGCCUCAGUUAUCCAGACCCAUGGGGGAUGAACCUUUCCAGGGAUGAUCACAUUGCUGAAGCACUGAAAUGAGAUCCUCCCAUUGUUACAACUUGUUUAUUUGAAAGAAGGAAGGGAGAGAGAGAGAGAGAAAAGAUUUUCAAAUGCUUGACAGUGUAUACCAAACAAUGUCAAAGAAAGAAAGAAAAAAGAAUAAAAGCUUUUGCAGAGCCCCCUGUGAUCUA